AUGAAAGAGUUACCCUCUUCAUGUUUUCGAUCUCGAAAAGGUGCCGCGAGAAAGAACAACAAGUGUAAGAUAGCGGCAUCGGAAAUUAGAGAAUGUGAAGUGGAGGUGCCCCUGGAAAACGUGCCAAGGAUAUGUAGCAGCGGAACCAUAGGAAAUAAACACACAGACUAUGAAAAAGAAAAUAGCUCGCAACACGACGAAAGGGAGUCUAGACCAGCAAGAAGCAGUCAAUUAAAACCGGUCAGAUCAAAGGUAGACGAAGAUAAACCAGAGGAAGUGAGCUGCAUAGAGGAACGCGGCGCGGAUGUGUACGAGAAAGACGUGAGAUUGGAAGUGGAGGCACGGAAGACAACAACCGUAGGAGGCAGUGUAUCAUAUGGAGAUAAUUUGGGAAGUAGUGUGUACAGCGCAGCAGGAAAGAACGACAAUAAACUGGAAGAUAAGUUGGACAUAUACCCGAAUGUGGAAGAAGUAAUUGAACUAUACAGAAGAGAUGAAAAGCCAGUGUCGUACAACAAGUUAGACGAUAUAUACAACAUAGAGAAGGUGGGAGACUUCGACAUAUACCCGAAGUCGAAGCAGUAUUCAAACCUGGAGUUCACGAAUCUGUCGUACAGAGCGAAGUCGGACAAGGAAGUUCCGAAAAUAGAAGACGUAAUAAGCCUGUAUUCGAAGGGGUCGACCGUACAGAAGAAGAAGGACUCGAGCAGAUCGACAAGUAGCAGCCACAAGGAAGAUCAAAAGCAAGGUGUGACAGUAGAGAGAACGAGUAAAGGGACGACGGAAGCUCUAGUUAAGGAAGGAGAGGCAGAGGAGAGUCCAGGAGAUAAUUCGGCUUUGAGAGGAAGUAAGUCGCCAAGUAAAUCCCCAACGAGCUCGCCAGCUAAACCUCCAGCUAAGUCCCCGUCAGUAAAGAGUUCGCCGAAGAUGAGGGCCGCUAACAAGGAGCAGGAUUCAGUUUCCGAGGGUGUGAAGUCGCAACAAUCAAGUUUCAGAACCUCGAUCAACGAAAAGAGAGCCAGAGAUGAAACGAAGUCGCAGACCAUGACGAGUAAAAACGCAAAAAGAAAGAAAAGAGGGAACAACUGGUACAAAAAUAAAAAUAAGCAGAGGCAAGAACAAGAGGAGUUGGUGGGAUGGACAAAGCAGACGAGUAAGAAGAUGUAUGAACAUAACCUGAUGGAAGAUAGCGAAGAGGGACAUCAGAGCGUAGGGACGGGAGGAAGCGGAAGUAGAGUUAAGGGACACAAGUACAGUUCGUUCACGAAGAGCAACUACGACUGCGGAGGAUACAUACAGAUCAAGUACGACGAUGAACUGUACAAGUACACGGAGGCAAAGGGAGUGCAGCCAGAAGGAAGCUUCGGAAGCACAAUAAGACACUCCUCAAUGGAAGAAGGAGCGGUGGGAAACGAAGAACCGACAAUAACGGACGUGUUCAGACAAAAUUUCCACCUCUACAACGACAGGGAACUUAUCAACGACUUCAACUCAAAAUAUUUCAUGGAAAACUACUGCCUUAACUAUAACCCAGUGACGUUCCUGACAGAUAAUCAGAACGAGUCGGAUUACAAAGGAGAGUACGGAGGAAUUGACUCGUCGAACGAUGAUAACGAAAAGUACUCGUCGGCAGGAGAGCACACAGAUAACCAGUACAGCUCGUCCUCGUACGACAAUGAAAGUGGAGCACAAGACUCGGAGUCGAAUGAACGCAUGGACAGUGACCUGAGCUCGAACAAUGGAAUAGAUGGCCAGUAUGAUUUAAACGAGUUCAGAGAGGUCAAAAGUAGAUCAGGCGAGGGUCAAGGAGGUCGCGAGGAGGCUCACUCACAAGGACAGUCCCAGAGGCAGUCGAGCAGCAAAGGAUACGUAGUGAGUAACAAUAAGGUGCACGACCUGCUGACGAGAUGCGUGGCAAAGUUGGGAGAAACGCCGGAAAUGUCCUCGACGGAGUCACUGUCAAGAGUGCUGAAGAUACCGGAAAUGUACCUGGAGACGGCAGAGCAAGUGGACGUGGAGGACCUGGAGACGCUGAGGCACAUGGAAAUAGACCUUUUGAAGAGCUAUAAAAAGGUACUCACGAAAGCAAGAGUGCUGUUGGACAAGGAUAAGGAGCUGAAAAGGAAGUACUCGAAGCAAAUAAGCGAGAGGGAGAAGUCGGGAAGGGAGACGAGUAAAGCGAAGCGCCGGGAACAAAAUAUUCAAACGGUAGACUUGGUGACGUAUGUGCUGAGCGUGGCGAACAUGAAGAAGCGGAGAAGGAAGGAAGGGUCGCCGAAAAAAGGGCCUGAGAGUAAGAGCGCGGGCGAAGAGAAGGCACAAUUUAUGAGAAGGUCGGGCUCAGGUUCAGAAGGAGAAUCACUGCCGUCAGGGUCGCAAUUGUCCUCAGGCGAAGGAGUGGAAUCCCUAGGUCGGAGAUUAGGCUCCUCGCCGACAUCAGCGGUAGUCAUAGGGGGCAGGAACGACAUCAGAAAGGAAGGAACCGAAGGAGAAGGAACGGAAGAAGCAGGUGUGGAAAGAGGAGCCCACGUAGAGGAACAGCCAAGGGAACCUUCAGGUCAGGAAGACGGGCCGGGAGUGAGCGGAGGACUGUCAAACUACCAGGCGCUGAUGAAAAGGUACGAGUGCCAGGAGGCAAGGAGAUGGCUGGCCAACGAGUACGAGAGGAUGGAGAGGCAGGACUUCAUGAACUUCAUCAGAGACAUGGACGAAACGACGAACACGACCAGCAGCUCGGAGUCGAGCUGUUACUCGAACACGCUGACGAUGAGCAACGACCACGAGGAGGACAAGGAGGACCACGAGCCGCGAGAGAAGGAGGACCAGUACAGAGACGUGCUGCUGGGAGACUUCAAGAACUUCUACUACGAGGAGAGGGCCGCCGAAAACGAAGGAGCAGACCUGAAGCAGGAGGACCUGAGUCAGAUGAUCGAGACGAUGGAGGAGCAGGAGCACACGGCAAUGGAGACGAUGUUGGACGCGCAGCACUACGCGGUGACGGAGACGGUGGCCGACGACGCGCACAACGACGACCCGGCAAGAGAGACCAUGGUUGACGUGCAGAACAGCACGGUAAUUGGGACCUUGGAAGACUCGCAGGACGCGGUGCUGGAGCCGUUGGGGGACGCGACCCAGGGCGCGGCGACUGAGACCGCGGGAUACGUUGAGGAAAACGCAGCCGCUGAGUCGCUGGAGGACCCGAAUCAGGGGGUGGUGCUAGAGUCGCUCCAGGACUAUGAGCAGGAGCCGAUAAUGGUGCCGCUGAACGAUUCGCACCACGACCUCGUGAUAGAGAACAUGGGCUACGUGCAGUUGGGCCAGGACGAGGAGGCCGCAGCCGGGUCCCAGAGCGACGGAGUGGCGGAGCCGACGACUGGCGCACGUCAGGAGCUGCAGAUGGAGAGCCUGCCGGACUCGCCGCAGGAGGCAGUGUGCCCUGAGCAGGACACAGUAGCGGAGGCAACGAUCGACCCUGAUCAGGCAGCAACAACGGAGACCAUGGAAUACGCUAAAGAAGGCCCAGUGAUAGAGUCGUUUGAUGGCCCGAAUCGGGAGGCAGUGGUGGAAGCGGUUCAGGACUCUCAGCCAGACGUAGUAAUGGUGGAUUCGCAACAAGACGUGGCAAUUGUAGAUUCACAACCAGACUCGGCUAUGGUAGACUCACAGCCUGACGGACCAUUAAUAGACUCUCAGCAGGAUGUGGCUAUGGUAGAUUCACAGCCAGACUCGGCAAUGGUAGACUCACAGCCUGACGGACAAAUAAUGGACUUACAAAAUGACGGACAAAUAAUGGACUUACAAAAUGACAGACAAAUAAUGGACUUACAAAAUGACGGACAAAUAAUGGAAUCACAACCAGACUCGGCUAUGGUAGACUCUCAAAGUGAACCGGUCAUAGAAAGUAUCGCCGAUGCGCAGCAAGAGGCAGUGGACUCGCAGCAGGAGGUGGCAGACCAGCAGUCGCCUGAAGCACAGAAGGAAGAAAGAAGUAAGAGGGAACAGGAUGAGACUGCGAAAAGCGGAUUGUAUAAGCGGAGGUUCAACAAGGAGUUCAGAAUUAAGAAGAACCAGAAGCCGAAGAGCAGCCUAAGCCUGAUAAAGACGUUCAACAUUAACUCGAAAAACCAAGUGAGCACCCCAGUGGCGAGUUCGCUAGCAAGUUCAGUGAACGCAUCAAGUCUGUUGAGCAGUAGUCUGAGUGUGGCGAAUAACGGCGCGGUUGGAGCAAGUAACCUGGGCGCGGUCAGCACGAGUGUUCCAAUUACACUGGGCGCAUCGACCGUCAACUUGGCCGGAUUCUCAAUAGCCAGCCCCAAGUUGGCAAACUUCGUCACAACAAGUGCAGGUAGCGCAAUCGUGGAAAAGAGGGAGGAGGAAGAAGAGGACAUGAUGAACAUAAGUACGCCUAAAAAUAAAAAGUUCACGAACGUUAACCUGAAGUGCCUGGAGAUGAUCAGGUCGAACUCGGACAAGCUGGUGAGGACGAUCAACUGCACGUUCAUCAACAAGAGGAGCAAGAACCACAUGCCGAGCAGCCUGAACAAAGAUAAGGACAACAAGAGGAACAUACUGCUUAACCCGACGAACCGGGUCAACAGAGAGGACGAGGGGAGAGUGCUGAUGGAGCGCAGCAAGAGGAAGAGGAGCAUCGGAGACAACUGGGUGAGUGAGAUGUGGAACGACAACAUCAACGUGAUCACGUGCAAGAAGAUGAAGCUGGGCCACGGGUCCUUCUCGACAGUGUCGCUGGCGAUUCUGAGGAUAAUACAGCCGUACACGCCGAACAGUGAAAGCAUUAGCGGAGGUAGUAACAGCAUCAGUGUGACGACCAAGAGCAACGACAAUGGAAGUUCCAGCAACAUUAGUGUGACCGGCAAGAGCAGCUCGAACAACAGUUGGGGCGACAGUAGGACUGCGGCAGGUAAAGCUGGUGUUUCUGUUGUUGCUGGUGGUAGCAACGCAAGGAUAGUGGAUGUUGAUGGUAGUGGAGCGGGUGUUGCCAAUACCAACACAGGUGCUGGUAAUACAGUUGCCAAUACCACCAUAGGCGCUAUUACCACGGUUUUCAAUACAGGCGCUAUUGCCACGGUUGCCAAUACGACUGACACUAAUGUCAAUGCCACCAUAGGUUCUGGUAACACGGUUGAUACCACCACGGGUACUAAUGCCAAUGUUAACACAGGCGCUAUUGCCAAGACCACGACUAGCGCCGGAAACACAGAGUUCAACGGCGCCGAGGACUCGAGUAACAGCGAAAGUGAUAUGCUGAGCACGGUGACGGUUAACAGGAACACGGAGACUGAGACGAAGGAAGGAGAAAAGAAGAGGCUGCUGUACGAGUGCGCAAUAAAAAACAUCAGCGACAACUACGGAGAACUCUCGCGCUACCAGUACAUAAGAGAGAAGGAAAUGAUGCUCCACUACAACCAGCACGUGCUGAAGCCGAUCUCGUACAGGAUACUGUACAGCCCGAACAACGAAAAGAUAUACCAGCUGCUGCUACCGAGAGCGAAGGGAGACCUGCUGACGAUGCUGAACAAGCUGAUAAUAUACAGGACAAAUCUGAUGUACAACCUGCUGUACGCAAGCACGUCGAGCAGCAAGGUAAACGGAAAGGAAGUGGCGGACAGCACGUCAAGGAUAGUAAGGUCGCCAAUAUACACUAGCGCCAGGAACGUGAUGAGUGGCAUCGAAGGAAUUAACGCACGAGGAGUGAAGGCGGCAGCUGAAGGAAUCGUCAGCGGAGUUGGAAAGGGGUCCAAGUACGUUGGCGAAGGCACGUGCGUGAGUAAAAGAGUAAAGGCAGGUAUGGAUUGCGGAAACGCAGGUACGAUGAGAGGCACAAAGGGCGGCCAGGAGGCACCAGCCAAGAGUGGGAAGGUCGGAGAAGGGUCGCCGGACAAGAACAUUAACCUGGAAGAGUUCAUGAAAAGAGCACUGGAAGGAACAAAUAGACUCUACGGACUCUUCGAAGUGGAGAUCAAGUACCUGCUGAUACAGAUAAUAAGCGGCCUCGCCUUCAUACACAUGUGCUUCCAGGGAAACAUACUGAGGCACACGGACAUUAAGCUGACGAACAUACUCGUCUUCUGCGAAGAGGAGGACAGGCACAAGCCGCUUAAGUGGCACCUGAACCUGGCGGACUUCGGAUGCUCAGCACUCAUAAAGCCGAACCAGUACUUCAACCAGAUACAGCACCUCUACUCGACGCUCAACGGACUCGCUACGAGUAGCUACGCAUACAGGUCGAGCGCUGCGAAGGAGUCGGUGUACAGAGAGGGCCUAUACGUGGAGAGGAACCGAGAGGAGAGCAGCUGGGAAAAGUACAUGAAGGAGUGGCACGACCAGCUGCACCACCAGCUGCUCUCCUACAACAUCGGCACGCUGCGCUACAACUCGCCGGAGUCGCUGCUCUACGACCAGUACCUGAACAAGAGGCUCAACAACAACAGUCAGCUGCUUAACAUACUCUACCAGGACGUGGUGAGCGCGCCUGUAGGGCUUGACGUGCCCGCGGAGGAGGCGAGCGAGGUGAGCAGCAGCAGCCACAGAGCGCAGAAGGAGGCUGAGACGAGGUCGUGCACGGAUUCGUCGGACGAGAACGUGCCGAUGAAGGAGACGACGCUGGACGGAAUCAAGUACAUAAGAGUGGAUAGCAAGAGCGACAUGUGGUCGCUGGGGAUAAUACUCUCGGAGCUGAUUAAGUACUCAAUCAAGGAUAACGGGAAGGUGGAGGAGGAGCUGAGGAACAAUGGUAAGCUGGACACCUUCAGCACGUACAUCAACAGCCUGUCGCUUAACGUGGAGCUGAGCGAGAAGACGAUGAGGAACAGGAGCAAGGAGAUCAGGACGAGGCUCUACAACAGGAUGGGCAACGGCGUUUUCUACAACAGGCUGAGCAGCCACCUGAACACGAGGAAGAAGAGCAAGAAGCAGUUUUUGAACAACCCGAACUACGCGAACAAGGACAACUUCGGAAACAAGGAGAAGUACGCCAAGGACAAGGAGCAGGUGGACAAGGAAAACAGACUCCUGUCGAUAUACAUCAACAACGUCUGCAACAACACCUUCGAGGUGAGGAGGAGGAAGAUGAGGGAGCUCUACGGAGCAGAAGAGCUCGAGGGCGUGAGCGACGAGCUGUUCGACCUGCUGGUGAACCUGCUGGCGUACGAGCCCGAGCAAAGGAUGCACUCGACGGAGGCACUGGGGCACCCGCUCUUCGACAACAGCGAACACGUGUUCGAGCUGGUCGACGCGACCAACAGCAGCUUCGUGAACAAGCUGCUGAGCGUGUACACGCUGAACACGUCGACGAAGAUGCUGGGCGCGAGCAAGGGCGGCCUCGGCGCGGCUAGCAGGAGCGGCUCGAGUAACGCGACGACGCCGAGCACGGGAAGCAGAGUUGAGGGAGCCAGCGGCGCAGGCGCAACCGGCGGCGUGGACUACGACGAGGAGCUGUACAACGACGGGGAGCUGGAUAGCUACUCGUGGUACAAGGGCCCUCUGUACUACUACUUCAGCACGUACGAGGCUGCCAAGAGUGCUCCCGAGCCCGUAACUAGUGCUAGCAGCGCUACCGAUGUCUUUAACAUAUACAAGUUGGAGUUCGACAUACUUCAGAAGAGGCAGAGGGAGUUGUUCGACGACGACUCAUUCCUCUUCAAGUUGCUGGACAACAUCAAAAACAAGUAUCGUCUAAAUUAUCGACAGCUGACAAGUACACACACAUCUUACCUAUUAGCGCGAGAAAUCAUUAAACACAAAAAAACAAAUUAA